AUGCCGAGUUUGUUGGAGCAAGAAUUCCAUAGUUCCAGCGAUUUUAAGGCCUAUGCAUCAUGGGAGUUGUUGAAGAAGCACCCCUACACUGUGGACUCCCAGCACAAGAAGUCCUUGAGUAAAGCCUUGGCAGACCGGCACCCCGACGUUCGGGAAGCCGCCUGGGCGGUGAUCCCUCACUUGGAUGCCGGCUCCUGUGCCGCCGUACUUGCAGACCUCUCGUGGGAGAUUGGGCUGGACGCCCAGACCCGCUGCAGACUUGUGAAGUCCUUACGCGCAUUGCUGGACACCUGCAAUGCGCAACACUUCCGGGCUAUUGUGGCUGCAGUUGGGUUGUCAAACUGGUGGCUCCGAUUGGCUGCUACCGAGCUUCUGCAGCCCUUGCUUGAGGCAGCAGGCCCAGAGGUGCGCCUGGCAGCAGUCGAUGCAGUGGAGGAGCUUGGCGACAGCAUGGACGUGAAGGUUGCCGGCGCGCUAGCAGCCCGGAUCGAGGAUGUAGAUGCUUCUGUAGCAGAUGCUGCCUUCAAGCUCAUGGAGGCACGCCUCGCGGAUCCAAGCGCUGAUGUAAGGCGGAUUGCAGUGGAGUCCCUGGCUGUGCACGCCGCGUCCUGUCCGAAGGCCCUUGCUGCUGUCCUUGACAAGCUCAGAGACAGCAACUGGCUUGUCAGAACAGCGGCCAGCCAUGCCCUGGAGAUUGCCAUGCCUGGCAAGGAGGCUUCCCUUGCUGCCUCUUCCUGUUUGGGUCACGACGACAGUGCCGUGCGCCAAGCCGCUGCAGCGGCGGUGGCUGAGCUGAG